GCUGGUGUAUCAGGUGGUGGCAAAGAUACUUGUCAAGGUGAUUCAGGUGGUCGAUUGAUGAUGUUUAGCUCAAGCAAUCAAUGGAUAUUGGUCGGUGUGACAAGUAGUGGUAUUGGAUGUGCAGAGGCUAAAUAUUCGGGAAUGUAUACUCGAGUAGCUGCUUAUGAAAAUUGGAUAAACUCGAAUACAAAUGAUUCUAUUUCAAGCUUAACUUCAUUGAUCUCUACUACUCUUUCGGCCUCUAUCACUUCAUUAGGCUCUACUACUUCGUUGCCCUUUACUAUUUCGUCCAGCUCUAGUCGCAUGAGAGUUUCAACGACGUCAUUUUCUACAGUUCACUCACAUACGAGCACAUCUGAAACAUCGAGUUUUUUUGUUUUUAUUUUUGUAUUAAUCACUUUACUCUUUGUGUCUUUCUAUUGAACAAAAAUAUGGAACUUUCUGUAAUACAUCUCAUUCUUUUCUCAUUUUAAUUAAAGCUACUUGAAUUUGAAGAUUAUUCGAAACUUUAUUUAAGUCGGCUGACUGCACGUAGUGCAGUUUGCCGACUUAUUACUUUUCACUAGCUUAGUUGCCAUGGCAAAUUCUUCUUCUUCUUCUUCUUCAUCCGCUCGACGCAUGAGUCAUGAUUCGAGUCAGCCACUCGUUCUCAGUACCUAAACAUCAUUUUUAGUCGAAAAAAAGCUUGGCAAAAUC